CUGCGUCUUCCUUUUCCUGUGAGGUUGCAGCCGAUGCCACCACCUGGGGGGGCCCUUCAAUCCUGCUGUGAACAGCUCUGGGCAAAGCUCAGGGUUGCAGGGUCCCAUCCUGGCUGGCUGUCCAGGCUCCUCCCUAGUCCCCGCUGCCAGCCUAAGCCUCAUCCCCCCCCCCCCCCCCCAGAACGACAGUGAGGACAGUUGGGGCUAUUUAUGGCUUGGCUCCCCUGCCCCUCCCCCUCCCCCAGCGGGCCUCGCCCGGCUCGGGCCCAGCGCCUGCCUGCCCAGCGCCCUGAGUCCUGUUUCUCUGGCUCCCUCUUCCGCCAACUGGCCAUGCCUGGGAGAAGGGGCUCCCCUCCCCACUGGGGGCACCAUCUGGGGUGUUUCCCCGCAGCCCCCGCCUGCCCCUCCCGGGAGCCCCCUCGGGCGUCGCCGCUGCUGUGCCGCGACAUGGCCCUGCAGAAUACCCUGUACACGGGAGACCUGGCCAGGCUGCUGGAGCUGUUCCCCCAACACAGCACGGCCGACCUGCUGCUGGAGAGCCGGGCGGCGGAGCCUCGCUGGAGCAGCCACCAGAGGGGACUCUGGUCUCUGACGUACGAAGAGGAGCUGACCACCCCGCUGCACGUGGCAGCCAGCCGGGGCCACACGGAAGUCUUGCGGCUGCUGCUGAGGCGGCGGGCGAGGCCCGACCGUGCCCCCGGGGGCCGUACCGCCCUGCACGAGGCCUGUGCCGCGGGCCACCCGGCCUGUGUCCACGUGCUGCUGGUGGCAGGGGCCGACCCCAACAUCCCGGACCAGGAUGGGAAGCUCCCUUUGCACCUCUGCCGGGGGGCCGGCACCCUCGAGUGUGCAGAGCUGCUCCUGAGGUUUGGGGCGAAAGUGGAUGGUCGAUCCGAGGAGGAAGAGGAGACCCCUUUGCAUGUAGCUGCCCGGCUUGGCCACGCGGAGCUGGCCGACCUGCUUCUGAGACGGGGGGCGUGCCCAGACGCCCGAGACGCCGAAGGCUGGACUCCGCUGCUGGUUGCCUGUGAUACCCGCUGCCUGUCCCCCACUGACGCCGAAGCCACCACAGCCCGCUGCCUCCGGCUGUGCCACUUGCUCCUCUCGGCCGGUGCCGACGCUGACGCUGCGGACCGGGACAAGCGGCGGCCCCUGCACCUGGCCUGUCGCCACGGCCACGCGGCCGUCGUGGACCUGCUUCUGUCCUACAGCGUCAGCGUCAACGCCAUGGACUACGGGGGGCACACAGCCCUGCACUGUGCUCUGCAGGGCCCCCCCUCGGCCCUGGCCCAGAGCCCGGAGCGCGUCGUGCGGGCUCUGCUCAACCACGGUGCCGUUCGAGUCUGGCCUGGGGCUCUCCCCAAGGUGCUGGAACGCUGGUGCAUGUCCCCGAGGACCAUUGAGGUCCUGAUGAACACCUACAGUGUCGUGCGGCUUCCCGAGGGGGCCAUGGGCCUGGUGCCUCCUGAAACUCUGCAGAAGCACCACCGUUUCUACUCCUCCCUCUUCGCCUUGGUGAAGCAGCCCAGAUCGCUGCAGCACCUGAGCCGCUGUGCGCUCAGAGCCCACCUGGAGGCCCGCCUGCCCCACGCCCUGCCCCGCCUCCCCCUGCCCGCCCGCCUGCUCCGCUACCUGCAGCUGGACUUCGAGGACGUGCUCUACUAGAUGAACACCGCAUUUUGAGAGAGCCUGGAAGCAGAUGCCCCAGGCCCCAGGGAUGCCGGCCCGCCUCCCUCAGCGCCUCAGACCCAGGAGUGAACCGAACCAGCUCAAGCCGAGGUAGACCUCUCAGCAGGAGGCCCCUCUCUACAGGGAGAGCGGAUGCUGCCAUUCCCACCAGGGAGAGGCAAGCGGACCAUGUUUGUUGGAGAGAGAGAGAUAGGACUCGUGGCAAGUAAUACUCUCCUCUUGGGGGUCUCCUGAAGUCCCCUCUGACCGACCCAAAUCCUGUACGCACAUUAAAGUCUCCAGACCUGU